UAGCAGAAGAAGGAAGUUGUCCUUGUUACUGCUUCUGUCUCGACAAUGGUCCGGAGGAUGCGCAUAGUCUCAGAUUUAAGGGGGGAGGUUUGGAGCAGCUCGGACUCUCCUUGUUUAACAGCAUUUCUCCGCCAGGAUUCGUCAAAAAAUACUUUCUAGGAUUCAUUCAAGUACCGCAUCUUUUGUAGACACAUAGUACCGAACGACAUUUUCUUUGCAGAAAUUGAGUUAGAGUGAGUUGAACAACUUUGGGAUACAGUUUGUUUUUGUCGGAGGUGAGGCGACUUCAUUUCAUCGCGAGCGAAACGUUUCGGGAUAAAGAGAGCAGCGUUACCGAGAAGUAGCGCACGCUCUUCUCCGGCUCUGUUAGGGAAGAUACAACAAGGGGUUAAUGCAAAGUUAAUCAAGAAACGUUGAAAAGGAAGGUUUUUUUUUUUCCAGCUCCUCUUUGAUUAUUUUGUAUUAUUUUGUAUUUUUUCUUGGAGUGGGCUACUACGCACGUUCAUUCUCUUUCUCUCUCGCGCAAGUUUUUGCAGAAAUAUGCGCACGCUUUGUAGCCAAACGUUGAUAGUUUGGGGCCAGUGAGCUUCGUUAGCGGACAUCGCAUUGACUCCUGGAUAUUACUGAUAUUCGGGGAAGUUUUUUUUUUUUUUUUUUUUUUUUUUUUUCUGAUCAUCAAAUCUUGGCUCCGGAGUCUCUCCUUCUCAGCCCAACACUGGCUGCUUCACAGCCCCCGCCAGUAAGAUUACCACUGUGAAUGACCCACUGCUGAUGCCCCAACGGCCUGAAUGGAGUGCCAGUCGCAGAAAAGCCAACAGUUGUAGCUCCCUCAGCAGGAUGCUGAUGAGGCCAAGUGUACUUCUGUGUCUGGUUAUAUUCUCCCAAGUUUUAAGGACCCAGUGCCGGCCUCCCAACACUGAUGAAGUCUCUGUGGAAACACAAGCGGACCUGUUCACUCUCUAUCCUGGGGAUCAUCUGGAUCUGAGCUGCUCUGCCAAAGACUCCCUCCAUGCAGUCAACUGGACCAAAGACCAUGUGGCAGUGGUGGAUGGAGAGCACACACGCAUCCGCAACGGCCAGCUGGAGAUCGAGACCGUUGAGCUGACGGACUCUGGUCUGUAUGCAUGCACCACCUUCGGCAACCACAGCGUCUACUUCAACGUCACAGUUGAUACCCUUGCCUCAUCAGAGGAUGAUGAUGAAGAUGAAGAGUCUUCAUCGGAGGAGGCCAAACUGUUAGGCAGUCAAAAACUGCUGCCAAUGGCCCCACAAUGGGCUCAUCCAGAGAAGAUGGAGAAAAAGCUUCAUGCUGUCCCAGCCAGUAAGACGGUGAAGUUUCGAUGCCAGGCCAGUGGAAACCCAAAUCCCAUCCUGAAAUGGUACAAGAAUGGCAGGGAGUUCAAGAGGGACCAUCGCAUUGGAGGCUUCAAGGUCCGUGACCAUGUCUGGACCAUCAUCAUGGAAUCUGUAGUACCCUCUGACAAGGGAAACUAUACCUGUGUGGUGGAAAACCAGUACGGCAGCAUCAAUCACACCUACCAGCUCGAUGUUGUCGAGCGUUCUCCCCACAGGCCAAUCCUGCAGGCUGGCCUGCCAGCUAAUCGCACCGCAGUGGUGGGCAGCGACGUGGAGUUUGAGUGCAAAGUGUUCAGCGACCCUCAGCCUCAUAUCCAGUGGCUGAAGCACAUUGAGCUCAACGGGAGCCGAGUUGGUCCUGAUGGUUUACCCUAUGUCCGCGUCCUCAAGCAUUCUGGGGUCAAUAGCUCGGACGCUCAGGUGCUGACCCUCUACAAUGUGACUGAGGAGGAGAGCGGAGAGUAUAUAUGUAAAGUGUCCAAUUAUAUAGGAGAGGCCAAUCAGUCGGCCUGGCUGACUGUCACCAGAUAUGAGCCCACAGCGGUCCCGCACUAUCCUCCAGCCAACCACACCUACCUGGAGGUGGUCAUCUACUGCGUGGGCUUCUUUUUCAUCGCGGUCAUGAUUGCCAUCGCAAUUAUAGUGAAGAUUCGCACCUCCUCAAAGAAGAGUGACUUCAACAGUCAGCUGGCCGUCCACAAGCUGGCCAAAAGCAUCCCGCUGCGCAGACAGGUGUCUGUGGACUCUAGCUCCUCCAUCCACUCUGGAGUGAUGCUGGUUCGUCCCUCCCGCCUCUCUUCCAGCGGGUCUCCAAUGCUGUCAGGGGUGUCGGAGUAUGAACUGCCCCAGGAUCCCCGCUGGGAGCUUUACCGGGAAAGACUUGUUCUUGGGAAGCCGCUGGGUGAAGGCUGCUUCGGUCAGGUGGUGAUGGGAGAGGCGCUGGGUCUUGACAAAGAGAAGCCAAACCGUGUGACCAAGGUUGCAGUCAAAAUGUUGAAAUCUGACGCCACAGAGAAAGACCUGUCGGACCUGAUUUCAGAGAUGGAGAUGAUGAAGAUCAUUGGGAAGCACAAGAACAUCAUUAAUCUGCUGGGAGCCUGCACACAGGAUGGUCCCCUGUAUGUGAUAGUAGAGUAUGCAUCCAAGGGCAACUUGCGGGAGUACUUGCGAGCUCGGCGCCCACCAGGCAUGGAGUACUGCUACAACCCAGACCAGAUUCCUGUGGAGAACAUGUCCAUCAAAGACCUGGUGUCCUGUGCUUAUCAAGUGGCACGAGGCAUGGAGUACUUGUCCUCCAAAAAGUGCAUCCACAGAGAUCUAGCAGCUCGCAAUGUUUUGGUAACGGAGGACAACGUGAUGAAAAUAGCGGACUUCGGCCUGGCGAGAGAUAUCCACCACAUUGAUUACUAUAAGAAGACCACCAAUGGUCGUUUACCUGUCAAGUGGAUGGCCCCCGAGGCUCUGUUUGACCGGAUUUACACCCACCAAAGUGAUGUCUGGUCAUUUGGGGUGCUGCUUUGGGAGAUCUUCACCCUGGGGGGCUCUCCGUAUCCCGGAGUCCCAGUGGAGGAGCUGUUCAAGCUGCUGAAGGAAGGUCACCGUAUGGACCAGCCCUCAACAUGCACUCAUGAACUGUACAUGAUGAUGAGGGACUGCUGGCAUGCUGUGCCCUCUCAUAGACCCACAUUCAAGCAGCUGGUGGAGGACCUGGAUCGCUGCCUGGCCAUGACCGCCAACCAGGAGUAUUUGGAGCUGUCAGUGCCUCUGGACCAAUAUUCCCCCAACUACCCGGACACCCGCAGCUCCACAUGCUCCUCGGGCGAGGACUCCGUCUUCUCCCACGAUGCCGGAGCGGAGGAGCCCUGCCUGCCAAAGUUCCCUCCCCACUCUAAUGGUGCCGCCAUUAAGAAACGCUGAUACCUCAUCUCCAUUCAGAAAAACAUUGACAUUUCCUCCGCUCCCUGCCUCAUGGGGUUGGAAUCUACCCCGCAUUCCCAGAGAUGAAGCUAAAAAACCCUCAGUGCUCUGUGAGAAAGGAGCUCGGGGAGACACUUCGUAGAACUUGUUGGAUCACAUGGACUGAGGAGUGCAGCCAUUUCCCUGGUUCUUGGUGGUGACGGUGUUAAUGGGGCACUUUGUAUUAACAGACAUGGCAGUUUGGCACAGUGUCAGAAAAAAAAAAGAGCAGACCCCCACUCUUCUCUCCGCUUUCGGCAUUCCAUGGGUGAGGAGAAUCGAAAGGACUGACUAUGAUAAUGUCACAUUUUUGUUCGUUCUGUUGGGGUUUUUUUCCCUUUCGCGGUUGUUUCCUCAGUAGUGAAGGACAAUAUUCUGCUUUUCAGACCAAAUCCAGAGAAUAUACUACCAAGGGACAUGCAGCACCGUGGUCCUCUGCAUCAUUCAUUACCUUCUUGUAAAUACAGUUAGAAAAUUAUAAAUAUGAAUAUAUAUUUACAUUGUACUCUUAUUUUUAUUACCAUAAUUGAUUUAUUUUCUUUUGUACAAGGAUGCUUUUGUUUGAUCCAUUUUUUAAUAUAGUCUGUAGGGGCAGUUGUUACAUGAGAAUAUCGUUAAAUUGCUGAGGAUAACAUGGCCAGUUUUUUUGCUGUAUCACGGCUUUGAUUCCCCUAAAUUUACUGCAUAAUCAUCAAUGGAAAAAUAUAUAUUGGGUUUUCUAUUUUUUAACUGUAAGUGCUUUUCAUCACACAAACCUGCAAUACAGUGUAACUCAGUGUUUUGGGGUUUCUCUCCAUCAGAAGAGAUAGAUUUAUGAAAAUAUUUGUUGUAUGUCUGUGUGCGUGACUGUUUGACUGUCUGUAUGUAUGCUGGAUGUUUGUGGAAAAUUUUAUCUCGACUCAUUCAAUAUUGUUCAUUGAUUUCAAGGAUGGUCACAACUGUAAAUAUUCCGGGUUGUAUGCCAUGCUUGUUUAAAUCCAGAGUAAUUUGCUUCAGUCAACAUCAUGCACUUCCACUGUGCAUGCCUUCCAUAUGAUGAACUUAUCUUCUACUGUAAAUGCUUUAACAGGAGUUACAUCUGCUGCCAUAUAACUUCUGACGAAGGGUUGCAGAACACGUAUGUCAUCGUAAAAAGGAUUACAUUAAAUAAAAUGCUAUCGAAAAACAA